UCCAAGCAGAGCAUCCAGUUUCAUGGUAAUUUCAACUUUAAUUCCAAGAAAAAGAAAACAACAAAUAAGCAAAUCAAACAAUUCAUUUUAGAAUUCAGGACCGCAUGUAACUAACUUGUAGCUUCGUUAAUUUACUGCCACUCCCCUUCAUGCCGUUUAUGCCGUUCGAGUUGCAGGAAGCUGCUACCCGCAGAAUCGCCGAUGAAAUCGCUCUUUUGCCACGAUGCUGCUUUCCAGAUUGAAAAAGACGUUUCCUUGGCCCUCAUUGAAACCCAACCCAACCCAAAGGCCCAAUCUGAGUUCAACACCAUGAAAACCUAACAAUAAAUCCCCCAAAUCCUAUUCUCUCAAUCUCUUUCACUCUUAUAGUUUACGUAGCAGUUCUCCAUGGCCAAAAUUUUCAACGUGACACCAACGCAAGUUGGCACAGAUGGAUGAGGGUUUGUGUCACUUAACCAUCUCUCCCGGGUUCGAUACUCACUGGAGGAUGGGAAUGGAGCUUGCUUGCUUGGGAAGGUCGCCCACUUUGUGUGCCUCUGCAGUACCCGAGGGAUUAGUCAUUGGGCUUCCGGCCUGAUGGAUACCCUGUUGCAAACCAAAAAAAAAAAUUUUCAACGUGACUGUCCAGUUCACCUAGGCUUAAAGCUUGAUCCUUGAAUGUGACAAUCCACUGCUAAAUUAAAAUGCAUAUUGGCUUAGUGGCAAGUGUAUAAAUACACACAAACACAAAUAUAUGAAACGAAAGCUUGAAGAAUAAGAAGAGAAAGAAAUUAAGAAGAAUCAAGAAUGUAUUCAACAAGGCCUCGUUCAUUGUUAAAGAAAGACAUUAAUGCCCUUUCUAAGGCACCUUCUUCAGAGGGUCCAAAUUCAGGUUAUCUUGUUCUCCAAGAUGAAGCAGCACAAAGCUACGGUUUCUUUGGUUUGGUGAAGGACAGAAACAUCAGCCAUUUCCCUUUUCCUCAGAGCAAGAAUCUGACCGUCAAUACUGAUAGAGCAGAAGGGUCCACAAGGGAUAACCACGAAGUUAUGUUCAUUCCAGUUCUUAAUCAGCCCUUGUCUUCCAACCGCUACUAUGUUAUAUGGAGGAAAGGAAAGCAUCAAGGGGAGGCAUGUACAAGCUCAUCGGAAGAGGAUAUGGUAACUUGUUUAUGCUGCAAUUUUGUGAAUGAUGUUAAACCAAGACCUUUGGACCCCUUCAACCAAUAUCAACAAUUCGAGAUAAUCAUGAAGAGUUCUGGUUUCUAUGCAAAGUCUGUUGCUCCUGAUGGGAUCCCUCCUUCAUUCUUAAGGACGAAAGGUUGGACUGUUGAAGCUUCUACACCCAGGAAUUACAAUUUGGAAGAAGCUCUUGGCCUAAAUCAAUUGUUGCGCAGUCAAUUACCGGCAUUCGAUUUCCCAUUGUCUAAUGAUUGUUCUGGUUCUGUGGUUGUUGGGAAUUGGUACUGUCCAUUUAUGUUUGUGAAGGAAGGAAUGAAACUCAAGGACCAAAUGAAAAGAUCUGUGUUUUACAAAUUGACACUUGAGCAAAGAUGGCAGAAGAUUUUGUCAAUGAAGAAUAGUAGUGUUAUUGGUAAUGAAGGUAAUGAUGGGGUGUUAGUGGAUGUUGUUGUUGAAACAGAAUUUGCUAUGGUGGGUGGAAAGGAAGCUAAGUGGGGUGAAGGGAAUGGUGUUGAUGGAGUGGUUUGGUUUAGUGUGGGAAGAGGGGUUAGAGUUGGAUUGUGGAAAGAAUGAAAUGGGAGCAAGAAAGAGGUGGUUGGUUGAGUAGGAAUAGAAGGCACGAGAGGAUAAUUAAAAAGAAAUUAGAAGGGGGCACUAAAUGGGAAAAUUUUGCGUGUUAUGUUCUUGUGGAAAGCUUUGUUUUGAAGAGAAUGGAUGGAAGCUUCGUGUUAACUUAUGGUUUCAG